CUUGCUAUGUAGUUUGGCUCCACUUUGUCAGGGGGCAGUAGUGCGCGGCAGCAUUUUACGGUUACAGGUUUUGAGCCAUCAUAUCCUCUCUCAGGUUUCUCUCUGGUCUGUGAAUGAUUUCCUAACCUCAAUAGUCGUCAACUUUAACGAUCAAUAUCUCUGUUCCGGGGUCCGAUCGCCACGUUUUUCUACAGGAUUCUUUCGUUUUGAGUGAAAACGCGCAUAAUUUCAUCAAAAAGGGUCAGAUAUCCAACAGAAAUUGAUGUACUAUGAACCGACUGGAUGAUCUGCCAGGGCUCAUGAAAGGCAGAAAACCAUCUUUCAUUGGAAUGAACGGGGCUCCGGAGACAGAUGAUCAGCAGCGAGUACGAUUUCAGGUUGAAUUAGAGUUUGUACAAUGUCUUGCCAAUCCAAAUUACUUAAAUUUUUUGGCACAGCGUGGCUACUUCAAAGACACGACAUUUAUUAAUUACCUUAAAUAUCUAUUGUACUGGAAAGAACCGGAAUAUGCAAAAUAUUUAAAGUAUCCUAUGUGCUUGUAUUUCCUGGAUUUAUUACAGUAUGAGCACUUUAGAAGAGAAGUUGUGAAUUCUCAAUGUACAAAAUUUAUCGACGAUCAGCAGAUUCUGCUAUGGCAACAUUACACUAGACGUCGAACAAGACUUCUACAAACAGCUGCUGAGCAAACGCAACAUACUAAUUCUCAAAACAAUGGUAUCGUUCAACCUAAGGUUCCCUAAAGUUGUAAUUUUAUAUUCGUUCCAUAUAUUAAUCCUCUACAUCUGAUGUUUUUUCCAAUGUAAAUAGUGCUUCUAUAGAAGGAUUAAUUAACAGUUGUUGCUUGACUGUGAUAAUU